CCCAUCAGCCGCUGAGAGAGAGGUCGUUUUAGUGUCUUUUUUUCAGUAGUACUUUCUUUUUCUUUUGUAGUUCAGUUAAUACAGUUUCGUCUUCAAGAAUUGAUUGGCAGUCUGUCAGGAGAUAUUAUCUUCCACUUCGUUGGCUCUCUACACCGUGCUGUUUUGGCUUGCAUCUCUUCUGCUUUCCCGUUAGUAGCAGCGUUUAAGCACACAAAAAUCAUGGCGGAUUUUUACCAGCUGUACAAGCUCCGCGUGACAUUCGUUUCUAAACUGCGCCCGCGGUUGCAGCAAUGCGUGAACAAUUUGUCAAACACUCUGCACCCCUACUACGCGACUUCCAAAGUGGCUGCACCUGUGUCCAGCGGGCUGGGCUUGCGGGACUACAUGAAUCCGAAUGCUGUAGGUGUGUCUAGUGGUACUCUACCACCGCCUUUUCUGGCCAGCGCUGGGGACUGUAGUACAGCGCCAUCGUCGUCCAGCAGCAGCAGUAGUAACAGCGGCAGUACUAGGAGCUCUGCUGCCCAUUCUACUUCAUCUUCGUCAGGCGCGCUACAAGAUGAGAAUCAUUCGAGAACACCGAGCCAACGGGGGGACGAGGCACUUCUACAUGGAGUGCACGAAAAGAACUCAGGAUCUUCUGGAGCAAAGAACGCCAAUUCUGAAGAUCCCUCUUCCGCCUGCUUCCAAAGUCAACAACCCCAUCAAAGCGAUGACACCGCUACGCCUGAAGUAGAGGAUCACCAGAAUCUCCAAAAUCGUUCAAAACUUCUCUGCUACCGCCCGCGCCGGCUCCAAAGGAGAGCUUGGCGCAUUACCUACCUUCGCGCGCCGUUUCGGUACAAGACGUCAAUUCGGAACUAUGUUUUCCACGACUGGCGUUACGAAUUCUCCUUCUACCAUGUAGGCAAGAGCGAGAUACGGCCGGUUUUGUCAGCGUGCUUAGGCUCGAUGCCAGAAGAUGUGAAUUGCAAAGUUGAGUUCGUCUGGGCGGGCGGUGUGGCGGGAACAAUUACAAAUGCGCAGAUGAGCUAUAGUACAACAACUCGCCUGACAGCUGCGACUGUUGAUGCACAAAAUGCAAUGGACAGCAAACUAGCACUUUUAGAUCGAGCGAAAGAAAAUGUAGAGGAAAAACAAAGGACACAAAAGGAAAGAGAUCACGGCUGGCACUCCCAGGCACAGCAUUGGUCCCAGUUCGGAAAGUUUUGAUCUAAGUGAAUUAUAGAAGGGUGGUCUAUCUCUAUUAAGCAGUUCUGGUGGACUAGCAUAAACAUUGCAACUACCAGCACCUGUGUGAUCGAAAUGCAAACUCUUCUCCAAAUUACACUGACACGCCCCCCUUGAUGGUCGUGUGGCCUAGGGAAGGACUUAUACCAGCAAAA